CCCUGGCUGGUCUCUCCAGGAAUUCGCCGUGAUUCAUGGAUUGGAGUGUACAGCACCACCGACCAAGCGGGCCGUGUGGAUGCGAGAACGGUGCCAAGAUUGGUGGGACCGAAUUGUGGCUACCAACUUUAAUGACAAUGACUGGCGGGAGAAUUUUAGAAUGUCGAGGCACAAUUUCUGCCACCUUGUUGCUGCCGUGGCGCCAUUCAUGUCUCCUUGUGAAAACUACGUGCGGACCCCUGUUCCUCUCGACAAGAGGGUGGCUAUGGCUCUCUACAAAUUAGCAAGUUGUGGAGAAUAUCGCAUUGUGGCCAACCAAUUUGGCGUGCACAAGCCAACUGUAAAGAAGUUUUUUAUAUGUUUUGCCAAUCGGUGACAACCCACCUGGCAAAGGAAUAUGUGAAGUUGCCGUCAGCAAAUGAAGCGAAAAAAAUUGCUGAACGGUUUGAGGCAAAGUGCCACCUACCUCAAAUUUUUGGAGCGAUUGACGGUACUCACAUACCAAUCACAGCACCAAAGACCGGCUACCGAGACUUCGUGAACCGGAAGUUCUGGGCGUCAUACAACGUGCAAGCAGUUGUGGAUGACGGAGGACUGUUUAUGAACGUGUCAUGCCGAGCCCCGGGCAGCGCUCAUGAUUCCACAGCCUUGAAGAUGUCAGCGCUGUACAAGCGCAGCGACAACUUGGUGCCGCAUGGGUUCCGCAUGCUCCGAGGCACAGCCAUUCCUUUCAUGCUGGUUGGAGACCCGGCCUACCCUCUUCUGCCAUGGAUAAUGAAGGGACACACAGGUAGACUCUCAAGAGAAGAAGAAUCCUUUAAUGUUUAUUUAAGCAGCGCACGGAAUGUUGUGGAACAGGCAUUCGGUAGGCUGAAAGGACGCUGGCGCAUCCUGCUGAAGCGUGCUGACAUAUAUUAUAAGUUUAUACCAACUGUUGUUAUAGCAACGUGCGCGCUUCACAACUUCUGCGAAACACAUUCAGAAGGCUAUGGCGCUUCGUGGGAUCAGGCUGUCGCGGAAAGUGAAUCAGUGCUCUUCCCACAACCCUCAAGCAGACCUCGCAGCUGGGUGCGGUCAGAUAUAAGGGACCUUCUCAAAGACCUCUUGCUGCUAAUUUUCCACUACAGCAGAAGCACACAGGUAUGA